AUGAUCGCCUAUCCGAUAUUAAAACUUGGCACUAAACGUCAAUUAACAGAUGAUGAUCUAUCUGAACUCUCACCAAAUGAUGAAUGUCGUCAACUACUGAAUGCUUUCGAAUCUGAACGUCUGAAACGUAUAAACACAAGUACUUUAAAACUAAUGUUUUCUACAUUCUGGAGAGAGAUGCUAGUUUGUAGCCUGUUAUUAUUACCGUAUUCUGUAGUCAAAAUCGCACAGCCACUACUCUUACGUCAAAUUGUACUCGUCAUUAACAAUCCACUCGAACUGUCAUACAAGGGUUACUUGUAUGCUGUUGCGCUUGGUUUUGCGUCCGUAAGUCAGGCAUUGGUACAUCAACAGUAUUUUUUUCGCUGCUACAGAGUGGGUAUGCAAGUGCGAAAUGCCAUUUCAUCUGCUGUAUAUAAACGAGUAUUAACACUAAGAACAAAUUCAUUUAUGAAAACAACAGCGGGUCAAGUUAUUAAUUUGGUGGCAAAUGAUGCAGGUAAAUGUGAAGAAUUUUGUAUCUUUGUUCAUUAUCUAUGGAGUGCACCUUUCGAAGCAUUGGUUGUAUUUGGGCUAAUCUGGAUUCAAAUAGGCAUACCCACUUUGUUUGGUUAUGCUAUUUUGAUAUUACUAAUACCGGUCCAAGUGAUAUUUAGUCGAAAAUUUGCAAGUUUUCGUGCAAUGGAACUGUUCAAAUAUUUUGAUCGCUUCCACUUUGCCUGCAGAAAUACUAGUUGUUGUGUAGGAUACUGUUCGGUGGCAUAUGAUUAA